GAGGAGGAGGAGGUGUGCUCAUUGGCCAUAGGCUCCUCCCCCCUGGAUGAGUCAACCUGCUCUCCUUCCGUAUAAGCACUCAGUCCGCCUCGGCUCUACGCGCUUUCACUGUUGCCUUCCUCCCUCACACAUCAAACAAAAUGUCAUCUGGAGUUGCUGUUUCUGAUGAGGUGAAGGACCUCUUCAAUGAAAUGAAAGUGCAGAAGAGUGGGGAUGACCAGAGGGAACGUCUACGAAUUGUGACAUUCGUUAUCGACGGGGACUUUGUCCAGGCAGAGGAAAAAUACAGACAAAAAGAUGUAGAAGAUAAGGACGACAUCUAUAAGUUCUUCCUUUCAGUCCUGAAGGAGAAGAGCUGCCGCUACGUCCUGUACGACUGCCACUUCGAGACCAAGGAAUCGAAAAAAGAAGAAUUGGUCUUUGGGAUGUGGAACCCUGAUCAUGCCACCGUUAAAGACAGAUUGCUGUAUUCAAGUACCAAAACAGCUGUUGGGAAAGCCUUCUCAGGUGUCAAACAUAAUAUAGCAAUUAAUGGCUAUGCUGAGAUCGAAGACAAAGAUUCAUUUGCAGAUAAACUGGGGAAAAAUAUUGUAAGUUUGGAAGGCCACAGCAUGUGAUCAUCUUCUGCUCUAAAAAACCCAAGCCAUCUGUCAUCUAUCUGCCUCUUGUUUCGCAAGAUUAGUUUUAAGGGAAUGAAGAGGUUAAAACCAAAGUUUUCCAAUUCUUACAGAAUAUGGUUGGGUUCUGGAUGGGAUUAGUCCUGCAACAUAACCCUUUGUCUUAUGUCAUAUUAAAAUGUCUGGUCACUCCACACUUUGACUGAAGUCUUUCCUGUUAUGUCACAUUGUCAUUCUUUGAAAUAUCGAUACAUAAAUGAUGCAAUGCCCUGUU